CCGUGACACUCUAAAACAUAAUCGUCUCCAAUCAACGUGGCUGGUGUGUUCUGGCCGAUUUGGCGUCUGAAAUCUGCCUCCUUGUGUUUAUGUGUUUGUGUGGCUGUGUGUCUGCCCCUCCUACCCUCACUCUGCUCAGUGACAGAAGCCGUUUUGGUUUGUUUUUUUUUUAAUCUGGUGCGCUCAUGGUCCGCUGGUCGCUGGGGAGAAAGACGCACCGGGAGGAUCGACGCACAAGCCCACAGCCAGAAAAUGACCGUAGAAAGAAUAUUCGACGAGAUCGGUCAUUUCAAAAGAUUUCAGGCAUGUCUGUACUUUGCAGCCAUCUUCCAGGCCAUAGCCUGUGGAAUCCACUACCUGGCCUCUGUUUUCCUAGUGGAUACUCCAAACUUUGUGUGCGGUGUGCCCGGCAACAUCACCGAUGCCCUGUACUAUAACCUUACAGGGCAUAGUUUGGAAGACAUCCUGCCAGUCUUUAAAGGAGGGACUGGACCCUUGGUGGUGAAAACAACUGACGGAGAACAGUGGGAGCUCAGCCAGUGCCACCACGCCCUGCGCAUUAAUCCCAAAGGCUUUUCAUACGACUUUCUUGGCAACAAAACAGUGAAAGCUUGUGAUGGGAACUUUGUUUUCGACCACACUGAAAUUCAGCAAAGCAUAGUGACAGACUGGGACUUGGUGUGCGAGAGACAGUGGCUUGCAAAGCUGUGCCAACCCACCUUCAUGCUGGGGGUGCUGAUUGGAGCGCUUGUGUUUGGGGACAUUGCUGACAGAGUCGGCCGUGUUAGGAUUCUGAUAUUCACCAGUCUCUGUCAGUUUGGGUUCGGGGUGGCUGUAGCAUUCUCUACAAACUUCCAUUUCUUUGUGGUGCUACGCUUCCUUCUCGCCAUGGUGUCCAGUGGCUACCUUGUGGUAGUGUUUGUCUAUGUCACAGAGUUCACUGGCAUCAAGGUACGCACAUGGACCUCCAUGCAUGUGCAUGCAGCCUUUGCGGUCGGCGUCAUGGUAGUGGCUCUGACUGGCUACCUAGUGCGGGUCUGGUGGAUCUAUCAGAUCAUCCUCUCUUUAUGCACCUCACCCUUCCUGCUCUUUUGCUGGACGUUCCCCGAGACACCCUUUUACUUGAUAGCUAAGGGCCGUUACAAGGAUGCUCAGACCCUGCUGGAGGCGAUAGCUCGAUUCAACGGCCUUGAAUGCAAGCUGAAGGUGGAAGAGCUCCUGGAGCCAGAGGAGAGUAAGAACGGCAGAGCUCUGCUGAAGCAGGAAGCAGAAGAGGAGAGGCCCUCGCAGUCUAAAAAGAAACUGUCCAUUUUGGAUCUGUUUGGGAGCUGGAGGAUGGCGGGCCGUACAUGCACAGUGUGGGCCAUCUGGUUCAUCGGCAGCUUGGGCUACUAUGUCUUCUCAUUGGGCUCAGUCAACUUAGGAGGAAACCAGUAUAUUAACCUCUUCAUUGCUGGUGCAGUGGAGCUCCCCGCUUAUAUGCUUGGCUGUUUUGCAAUGGACCGAAUUGGAAGGAAGAGGACUUGUGCACCAUCUCUGCUCCUGGCCGGUGUUGCUUGUAUGCUCAUCAUUGUGGUGCCUGCUGACAUUGAGGUACUAGCCAUCGUUCUCAGUAUGGUAGGGAAGUUUGCCAUCGCCAUUGCCUUUGGUCUCAUCUACCUGUACACCUGUGAGCUUUACCCGACCAUCAUCAGGUCUCUGGCUGUCGGUAGUGGCAGUAUGAUGUGCCGUGUUGGCAGUGUAGUGGCCCCCUUCUGUGUGUACCUGGCUGAUGUCUGGGUCUACCUACCGCAGCUCAUUGUGGGAAUCCUGGCAUUCAUUGUUGGAGUGCUUACACUGUUGUUACCCGAGACCCUGGGCACACCCCUAACAAAUACUCUGGAAGAGGCUGAAGCUCUGGGACGCAAGCCCAGCAGGAACAAGGAUGGGUUGGAGAUGAACUACCAUGAAGCAAAGGCCUGAACUGUACACUCCAGGAAAACCGGAGAGACAGACACACACAGAGAGGUGCUUUGGAAAAACAGAAUGGAGGGAAGAGAAAGGAGAUGAUGGCUGCAAACACUACAUCUACACAAAUAAUGUAGUACAUCUCAAAUAUUUUAUUUUGUCUAUCCAAACAAUACAGGCAUAGACAGGUGACAAAUUUUUUUAUCACUACCCGUUACUUUUUUUAAAAUCUCAGGACAUUCACUUUUGGAUGUCACUGUGAAACUAUCCAGUGGCUCCUGUAGGAUUAUAUUUUACAGUGUGCACAAGAACUGCAGAUGGCAGCAUAUUGCUGCCACCAUGAGAAACAGUAUGCUAAAUAUAAUAUUUAGCUAUGAAACUUUCACAUUCAAACAUGAUACUGGGGUAAGUGACAGUGGCACACAAUCUGACUUGCAGCAUCUCAGUAGCUCAUUCACUUCAGCAGCCUCUCCCUCAUCAACUCCCUGCCAUACCAACUUUCCACACAGUGACCAACAUUGCUCUUAGGAAGUGCCCUCCACCCAGUCUUUGAGAAUCACUGCUCUGACACUUAAACCCACUGACAAUAAUUAGCACACAAAAUAAAUCAUGAAUGCAGCUCAUGAGCUGUGAUAAAUAAAAAAUACCCUGCACCUGUCCUGAUGAUAUUACAGGCAAUGCUGCCAGCAGGAAAUUCAGUGGGUGCGCUGCUGUCACUCUCUCCAAGUUGUGCAGGGCUCACGUUAGGGAACAGAAAUGAUAUGAUCCACUCUAGGGGUGUGUGACAUUAUAAUUGAUAGAUCUUUGGGCCAUAAAUUUGAAAGUAUAUUUCUCUAUAAACUAUACUAUAUGUUGAUUGUUCAAUGACCACUAGACGGAAAAAUUGAGCAAAUUCAUUUUAAAUAAUGUACGCACUGUGCUUACAGGAUUACAGCUGCAGUUGCCACCGACUCAACUCUGUCCGUCCAUUGAAAUGCCACUGCAGAGCUUUAAAGCCACUCCAGCUAACUCAACCGUUAGAGAACGAGUUAGAAUCAAAGCAAACUCAACCCCUUCUCUUCUCCCUCCGCUCCUCCUUGUCCCUCCUGACCUGUCUGUGAAUCUAUGUCAUAUGUGACAACUACAUUUUAGCAACAUCUCACUUAAAUGCUACAUGGACUGAUGUGUUAUGUCCAUCAUAAACAAAUGUGCCAGUUUCCGCUAAAUGGAAAACAAAUAGUGAAGUAUGUUGGUGUCCUAGAUUUCUCCAUGCAAUCUAGGUGCUAGACAUACAGCACUGUACAGGUUCAAGGAUCAAGGUGUCAUCUCCAGAUGUUUGGACCACGGACUGAAAUGAAGCACAGUGUGGAGAUGCAUUUGACUGCUCAGCAGUACUGAAGGACACUAUAGAUUUCUGUCUUAUAUCAAACAGUCACAUGGUGCUUUGAUCCAAAGGAGAACAAAUUCAAGACAAUCAGUCUGAACAGUGAUCAUCACUGUACUCAGGUUCA